CACAGUAUAGAAACUUUAACUGACUUUUUAUUUAGCUUAUCCAGACUGCAAAUGCUACCUACCUUGCCAGCUAGCUAGCUACAAAGAACAAAAGACACACUCUGUGGUAGCUUUAGCCAACAGGAGCUAGCUAAUUAUGUUAAACAACCCAACCUGUCGAGUUUGCGGGGCAUUGUCACACUAAUUAAACAAAGAGGAGUUUGGUUUCUUUGUUGUUCAGUGUUUUACAGCAGCUGCUUUUAGUUAGUUAGAUCAGAAAAAUGCACUGUUUUUGCUUUGAGCUAACACAAGCUAACUGGCUAAUUGUGGUAGAAGUUGCUGAGCUUGCUUGUGACUGGCGAAAAGAGCAUUGAACUCUUUGUUAAUGUGAUUUUUUAAAAAGACAGAUGAAAUAACAAAUGUUUAAUAUUCAUGAAGUUGAAUUUUAACAUUUUCUGUACUUCACAAUUUAUAUAUUUCUCAAAAUGAUGUUUAUCUCUUAAUGUACACUUUUUCUAUUCAGUAUCCAACACUUGAGGCUCCAAAUGCUUGUUUCCUAUUUUUUGUUUUUAAAGUAAGGUGUCCGUUCAUGUUUAAGAGAACACAUGGAUAAAGUGGCAGAGCGAAGAUGUAACUACAUGAGUGUCAGUGCUGGUUAGAGUAGCGUACAUAGUGAAGAACAGUUUGUGGGCAUUGUAGCCUUACAUAAAAAUGAAGAGGUGUGAGCCCAGAGAAACAUUUCUGGUGAGUGUGUCAGAUUUCUUCAUCUAAUUAGUAUUGUUUUGAAUGUGGCAGGUAUUGCACAAUGAUGCUGAAUGCUGAAUGAAAUGCUGAAUGUCUGGUUAGUCAUAUCGAAUGAAGUGCACAAAUGUUUUAUGUUUUGUUUUACUGUCACAGGAAGUCACGUUAAACUGGUAAUUCCUGAAUGGUUGGCACAAGCCGUUUAAGCAUACCAACUUACAUUUCUCUUGAGCUGCACAGUAAGCACGUUUUUCAUUUAAUUUUGACAAAUGAAGUUUACAUUUCGUGCAUAAAAAUGCAAGCUUUCACAUCACGGGUGAAAGUGCCAACCUGAUUAAACUGCAAACUGCUGGGACGGAUGGAUUUGAAGUCAUGACAUGCUUGACAUUUAGCAAUUUCAGGUGGUUGCAUUAUUGUCUGUGGCUUGAUUGGAAAUUUUCUUUAAGUGUGCGAGAUUUGCUGCAGUGGAGAUUAGAGGAUUUUAUGAAGUGAUGUGUUUUCAACAUUAAUUUGAUUUCUGUAAGGCUGAAAACAUUCCUGUGGUGUGGUUUAGUUUUUCUAAAACUUUUUCUCAGCUUGCGGGAGUUGUAGGUUAGAAGAGGUUUUUGCAGAGGUGUCAGUUAGGACUUGAAAGUCUGAUUACGUGUUAUCAUUAUACUAAAUAUCUCAGUACAUUUGAGGGUGGACACCUCUCUGAUUUUGAAGCACUAACAUGCAAGUGGCAGAGAUUUUCCCAAAUGCAUUUGCAGGGUUUUGAAUGGAGAUUGACUUGUGACAGUUUUCAGUUUCCUUCAGUGCUGAUGGGGAAGCAUUCACAGCAAGUUUGAGGCAACAUCAGCAAAUGUGAAGAUUUCAACUAUACAUUUAAACAUGUUGGCUUAAGUAACUUUGCUGAAUUGAACUGAAUUACUGAAUUGCAUUGAGAGUUAGUCAGUGGGGUGUUUUCUGUCUUGUUCUGCCAGUUGUUUUGUAUGUUUCAUUCUCAAAUGGUGUAGCAAGUGACCAGCGUGUUCUUACAGCCAGUCCAGCCUGUUAUAUUAGUCAAGACUCAUUGCUCUUAAACAAAUGUGAUUGUUUAAAUGUACGUGCGACAGUGAAGACAGUGGAGUGAUGCAGUUACGAGAGAGAGCGUGAUGCUGUGCUUAACAAUGCAGCGAGGAGCGACAUCCGUAUUCACAUACAGCUCAUCACAUAACCCCGAUGGUUGCCAUGGGCUCAGUGCUGUUAGAAACUGUUGCUAAGGGUUUCCACUCAUGAGGCAAGAAGUACUUCAGGAUUUAUUUUGCAGUGACUGCAUCAAAAUAUGAUAUUGAGGUAUUAUUCAAACAAAUAUAAAGGUGUGGCUUUUUGUCAUGAUUUAAAUGAGACUGAACUGAAAUUAUGCCAUUUUGUCAUUGUGCUAAAAUGAAUAUAAAUAUUAUAUAUUAAAAUAUAUUUGCUAACCUAAACCGUGUUGCUUUCUUUUAAACAUGAUUGAGAGAUUAUAAAAGCAAACAUCGCUGGGAAGAAUGAAACUACGUACCUUUACUGUAUUGACAAAUUUGACGUACUGCUGGUUCUUAACUUGAGAAUUACCAAAUCACCCAGAUUUGUGAGUCUGUCACCUUAAAACUAACAAAUAAGUCAAGUAAGUCAAACACCUUAUGGUUCCAGCUUUUCAAAUUUACUCUUACAAACUCUGCAGGGUUGAACAGGUUUGAAUAACCUGCUUGAUGGAAUGCGUUUUUAGGUUUACUCAUAAAGCAAACUGGUUUCCAAUUACUGAAAAUCCUCAUAGGCAUUUACAGUAAAACUAUACUGCUGCAAGAAACUAUCAGAAAAGACAUCUUGUAUCACCUAUUUGACUAUUCCCGAGGCCAAAUCUAAAAGACUUUUCUCUUUCAGUUCAUCUGACAACUUGGACUCAGGAGUUGCAAGUCAGAACUGAUUUCACAAUAAAAGCAACGCAAUCUACAUGAAUAAAUUGAUUGAUUAAUUGAUUAAAUAAAUGAAUAUCAAAUAUUACAUGAAAUUAUACUGUCUGAAAAUUGUACUUGAAGGUUAAUAACAAGAAUUUCAAAAUUAAAGCCUUCAAAGUGGAUUUUUAUGGUUUCAGAUUGAUAUUAAAAGGAAUCUUCUUGUUUCCACAGACAAAAAGAACUCAUCACACCCUUUAAUAGAAAUCUGUGUAUGCAUCUGCAGUAAAACGAAACUCAGAAAUUUGUUUUUUUAUUGGUUGGCACAGCCCACAGUUAUUCGCCCUGCACCCACCUACCUUGGGUGUGGCAUGUGGCUUUAUUAACUCCAACCACAGCACAGUUCCAGCACAUUUAGCAGCCUCGUUAUCAGCCAGUAACUGACCAGGUCGACAUCACAUGUUCAGAUAACUUCAGAGACCUCCGCAUCAUAUAGAAAAAGGAAACUGAAAGUCCAACAUGGCAAAUGGACCAGGCCUCUCCACUCGUGGAGGUGGAAUAAUUUAUGAUCAUCAAAUCAGAGAUCGGUUCUCACUGUUGGAUGUUCUCUAUGCAAAUCAGUUUGAAGGAGAGACUAUUAAUUCAGAUGUACGUAGGCAGACAGAGGAAGCCUUUUACAGAGGGGCCCCACCUAAGUGGUUAAACUUUUACAUAAGUGAACAGAACGAGUUAGGUGGAACUCCCUUGAUUAAACGGGAUGGAUGUGAAACGCUUAAAGAAGUAGUUCAGCAAAGUAAAGAUCCAGUAUCAACUGUUAAACUGUUCCACGAGCCAGGAUGUGGGGGAACCACACUGGCCAUGCAGGUGUUGUGGGAUUUAAGGAAAACAUUCAGGUGUGCUGUUUUAACAGAUAACCUGGGGGUGUCAGAGAUAACACCUUUGACAUCAGACGUAACAAAGGUUGCAGAGGAGGUGGUCCAGCUCUUCACAGCUGGCGACCGAGACAACCAGAACACUGUGCUGCUGCUACUGAAUGAUGAGCAGAUUUUGGAAAAGCUGCAAGACAUCAUUAUGGAAAAAAUUGCUGAACGGCAGAUAAAGAUCCAUAUGCGGCGAUAUCAUGUGGCGAUUUUACUCUGCUGCGUUAGAAAGGAAACAGUUCUACAGAGCAACCAUAUCAUCCUAAAAAAAAACCUUUCUGACACAGAGAGGCAACAGUUUACUGAGAAAAAGACAGAACUUAGCAGCAGGUACAGUGAAGAACAUGAAAAAUUCCAUGGCUUUAACAUCAUGCAAGCAAAUUUCUCUGAAGAUUAUGUCGAUGGAACAUGUGAGAUAAUCAGGAAUGUCCGGUCAGCACAUAAAACAAGAAAGACUCAGCUUGCUUCAUUUCUGUCCCUCCUGAAUGCCUACGUACCAGACUCAUACCUCCUGGAGUCUCAGUGCCUGGACUUUCUUAAAGAUGAACACAACACCCAUGGAGACCCGACACUGGAGGACCAAAUGAGCCCCUACAGUCAUCUUAUCAUCACCUACCAGCAAGAUGGAAAGUCUGAUAAAAGGGUCUGCAUGGCUCACCCUAUGAUCGCACAGCGUUGUACUGAAUUGAUGGCUAAAGCAGGUGUGACCAGAAGCGACACAGCAAAAGACUUUUUGAACUGGAUUUGUCAAGGUGAGGUUCCUCCCUUUUUGCGUGGUUUUGUCAAAGACAUGCUAACCAAAAGGGAAAAGACAAUGAUAACAAAUCAAGCUAAAAAGAUUGAAGAGAAACAAGAAAAGUUUUCAAAACUCAUUCAAGAUAUUAAGAAUAAAAAAAAGAGUGCAUUAGUUUUAAAGGUGGCAUCACAAAACUUAAUUGAAAAUCCGUUUUAUCCACAAGCACUCGCUCGUCUUUAUUACAUAGAACUAAUGCGCUACAAAAAGGCAGAAAAGUGGGCAAAGACAGCAAAGGAAAGAGAUCCCCAAAAUUCAUUUAUUGCUGAUACACUGGGCCAAGUCCACAAGAACCAUCUGAAGAACAAGAAGUCGUGUCCUGCAAAGCCUAGUGAAAUUUUGCAACUGGCCGAAAAGGCAAUAGAUGCUUUCAAAAUUGAAGAAGACUUUGCUGAAAAGGAAGAAGACACAGAUAUGAGAGAAGACGGCAACAAGAAAGUCUCCCAUGUUUUUAACAACAGAGGGUUGUUUGGUUACCUGCAGGUUUGCAACUGUGUGUAUGACCUGCUUGCCAGACAUAAUGUAACCUGGAGAAGAGUUCUCACAAACAAUGUGUCCUUGAGCUCUGUCCUGAAAUCGUUUGGAGACAACAAAAUAUACAGAUUUAAUGAUCUGAUAAAAGGGAUCAGAGGUGAGGUUAAGAGAAGAUGUGGAUUUUUUGAUGAAUAUCUGACUUACUCAAAACCCAGCAAGAAGAGAGAUGAUCCCUCAUACAUUUAUGAUGAUGUAAGAACAUGCUACAGUAACUAUGUCAUAGACUCACCACUAGAACAAGAGACAAACACUGAUUUUGUCCAGAAGCUUAAAGAAAGCCUGUCUGACAACUCUGCUGGAGUUCUCUCAUGUUUUGACAGAGAAUACAGUGAAUCAGAGCUUGAAGAAAUAACUACAUGGUGGAAAACCUGUCAACCCACAGAUUCGACAACAGCCCUGGUGAACUACAUCUUUGCCCAUAUUCUGUUGAUAAAUACUGGAGCAAAAGUUCCCUCUAAUUGCAAAUCUUUGACAGCAUUUAAACAGAAAGAUCUGAGCUCCAAUGAUGCACCUGAGCUCCACAUGCUAGCCCUCCUCUUGAACUGGCCUACAGACAGCAAAGGCAAUGCUGCAUUUAAGACAGAAUCAAUUGAGCAUAUGCGCCGUUCUUAUGAAAACACAUACAAGAAAUACCUUCGAUCAAGGCACCUCCACCCUCUGUUCUUCAUUGGAAAAGGUGAAGAUCUGAACAGAAUUGUUCACAGAAAGGUGCUAGAAGGAUUGUUCCUGAGGUCAAAUGAGGACACAGAACAAGACUGGCCUAACAACUGGAAUAAUGAGAAGAUUUUUGAAGCUCCUGAGGUCCAAGAUCGCCUUCUCAAAGUUGAAGGGAGGAUCCGAAACUACAGAGUCUACGCAAUUAUUGGUGGCAAAAAGAUCAAAGUAGUUGCAAACCAGCAACACAGCCUCUGGGAAUCACCUGCAGUUACAUUUUACCUUGGAUUUACCAUCAGAGGUCCUGUAGCCUUUGGCAUAAAAACAGUGAAAAGCUCAGAGCUGGAUUCCUCAGAGCCUGGCAAAAUCCAACCAGAACUGUCUCUCCCGACAGCUACUGAUGGAGCUUCGGGUCAGCAUUUCGUGGAUCGUCAUCAGACAGCUCUGAUUAACAGAGUGAGCGACACAGAAGUCAUCCUCCGUAAGCUCAUGGACGCGGGAUUCAUCUCAAGAGAGCAAUGCGAUGUGGUGAGAGCUUUGGAAACCUCACCAGACCAGAUGAGCAGUAUUCUUCACUGUUUGACCUCAGUCAGAGGCAAAGAUGCUCUCUAUGAAAGCCUGAAAAGGAUGAAGAGUAUGAGGCCACUCAUCAGGGAGCUUGAGGAAUCUGAAUAAAGAAGCAAACGUGAAAGUCAAAAGAAGAUCACAUCACAACAUCACAACAGGAAAAUGAAAAUGUUAGUUAAUAUUUGGCAUCCUUAAUGUGCUGAAAUUAUGUAUUCCUGCUGUCAAAAGGAAUGUUAGACUGUCUGUCAGCUGAAAACAGUAACCUACAGUAAACUAAGCAGCAUACCAACAAACAUAUUCUCAGAUAAAGAUAAUUUUAGUAUUUACCAAUAACUUUUUCAAUAUUUUACAUUAUUUUACUCCGCCUCUGGGAUCAAAAAGGGUUUUAUGUUAUGUUUAUGUUUUUAAAGUUUUUAUAUUUAUCAGCUGAAUCAUGUCAUUGUUUUUCUUUUCACAGUUACCUGUCUAUUAUUUUAUCUUUCUUUAUAUUGUCAAGACAAAAGAUGAAUAAGAUAUGAUGUGUAAGUCUUGUGAAUGUGUACAUCUUCACUGUUUGUCAUGAGCCAAAAACAUGUACACCUACACAUGUGGCAUCUUCUCAUAUAAGUAUUGUCAUUGAGUUCGCUUUUAAUUUUCUUUUAUUGUUUUAAAAUAAAAACGUUUGAUUUAUGCAAUAAAACACAUCUAUUAUGAUUAAAGGCAAAAGUGUGCUCAUGCGCUGUUGUAUUCGCACAUUCACACACAUUAAAGUAUACCAUACUAAAAUAUAA